AUGUCCGCUUUCUCUGAGGCGGCGUUGGAGAAGAAGCUGUCGUUGAGCAACUCGCAGCAGAGCGUGCAGACCUUGUCUUCAUGCCUCAUCCACCAUCACAAGCACUCACGGCCCAUCGUCACUGUGUGGGAACGGGAGCUUCGUAAAGCCAAACCAAACAGGAAGCUUACUUUUCUCUACCUAGCCAAUGAUGCCAUUCAGAACAGCAAAAGGAAGGGGCCGGUGUUUCCAAAAGAUUUUGCACCAGUGAUAGUGGAGGCUUUUAAGCAUGUUUCAAGUGAAACUGAUGAAAGUUGUAAGAAGCACCUUGGAAGAGUUCUAUCUAUUUGGGAAGAAAGGUCUGAAAAUGAUGUGUUAGAACAACUUAAGCAAGCUCUAUAUGGUGAUAAGAAACCUAGGAAGCGAACUUACGAACAGAUAAAGGUGGAUGAAAAUGAAAACUGUUCCUCCCUGGGAUCUCCAAGUGAACCACCACAGACUCUAGAUCUCAUUAGAGCAUUACAAGAUCUAGAAAAUGCAGCUUCGGGUGAUGCAGCAGUUCAUCAGAGGAUAGCUUCUUUGCCUGUUGAAGUCCAAGAAGCAUCCAUACUAGAUAAAAUAACAGAUAAAGAAUCUGGAGAAAGGCUUUCUAAAAUGGUAGAGGGUACUUAUAUGUUGAUGGAAGAUUAUAAUGGCAGAUUGGCUGCACAAAUAGAUGAUAGGAAGCAACUCAUUCGAAUGUUAUCAGAUUUUCUUCAUUGUCAAAAAGAAGCCCUUGCAGAGAAAGAGCAUAAAUUGGAAGAAUAUAAGCACAAGCUAGCCAGAGUUUAUCUGGUGCUCAAAGAACUCAGGUCCUGGAUCCAAAGCCUGCCAGACUUAUCUCGACUGCCCAAUGUCACUGGAAGCCACAUGCACCUGCCUUUUGUGGGGGACAUCUACAGUGAAGAUUGA